ACCACGUGGUCACGCUUCAUAUUUUGCUCCUUAUACAACUUCGCGACUUACUUGAACUUCUGAGGCCUCCAAACUUCUUGCAUUCGAUUUCACUUGGCUUUCUCGUUCUUUGCUAAUAUGUCUUUCCUUGGACGUGGUGGUCCUUCACCAGCCGGUGGUGUCAACCAUGAGCGCAUUGAAAUGGCCAUAAACGAAAUUGACAUGGUUUCAGACGUAUUUAACCGAAUUGUUUCUUCAUGUCAUGCCAAGUGCAUCAGUCCUCGCUAUGCCGAAGGAGACCUCAACAAGGGCGAGAGUGUCUGCAUUGACAGAUGUGUGGCAAAGUUUUUCGAAGUUAACAAGAAGGUCGGAGAAAAAAUGCAGAGCGCGGGAGCGAGUGCACAGGCCACGGGGUCAACGAGCUUCUCGCUAUGAGAAUUACCGUGCAAGGUCAUUUAUGGAUAGUUAUGA